AUGGCUCAAAGAGAAAACGAUUUCGUGGUAGAUGAUGAAGAACAAAACUCUCAGAAAAAAGAAUUCUGGAUAAACACCGGUAACUUUUUUCAAUUAUAUUGGCGAUCAAUCUUUGCUAUAAUUUGGUUUCUAUUUUUAACAACUUUUCUGUAUAUUUACGAUUGUCAGGAGGUCAGAUGUGCAUUCGUCGUUUUAUUAAUGGCAGGAUAUUGGGUGACCGAGGCUAUUCCUGUACCCAUUACAUCCAUGAUGCCGGUCGUUCUCUUUCCAAUCUUUGGAAUAAUGAGUACACUUGAGACCGUGUAUUGCUACAUGAACGAUGCCAUAAUGAUUUUCAUGGGUGGUUUGAUCCUUGCGUUUGCGACGGAACAUUGCAACCUGCAUAUGAGAAUAGCUCUCUUGGUCAUGAACAUGCUUGGAUGUAGCCACACAAAACUUCUAGGUGGUCUCUGUACCGUAACCACUUUUAUAUCAAUGUGGAUCGCGAAUGCUGCAACCACUGCGAUGAUGGUGCCCAUUGUAUUUGCCGUUCUCUACGAAUUGGAAAGGUAUCUUUUUGUUAUAUUGGCACAGCAAGGACUAGGAAAAGUAUUCUACGUUAAAAUAGAUCCAGAGGAACCCGAUGCCGAUCCUGAAUUAAAACCAACGAACGUGACAAAAGCUUAUUUUUUCGCGGCAGCGUACGCCUCGACAUUUGGGGGAACUGGAACUUUGGUUGGUACACCAACAAAUCUUGUCUUCAAAGGAAUCUUCGAAUAUACAUUUCCCGAAGCGGAACCAAUUACAUUUGGCACAUGGACUGUAGCUUGUUUUCCACAAAUGGCUCUCAAUUCCUUCAUUUUGUGGUUGCAUCUUCGAAUAGUUUAUCUUGGAUUUCUAAGACCAAAGAGCAAAGAUGCCGAAGCUGCGAGAAUUGGUCCGGAAGGCGAGAGAGUAGCCAAUCAAGUGAAUUUAGUGAUCAAAGAAAAACUAAAACAAAUAGGUCCAAUGUCCUUCCAUGAGAUCGCUGUAUCGGUACUUUUUUUAACUUGUAUAUUUCUAUGGGUAUUCAGAUCUCCUGGAUUUGUUACAGGCUGGGCGGACCUUAUAUCAAACGUGGAGAUCAAGGAUUCAACACCUGCACUUUUCAUUUGCUUGUUGAUGUUUUACAUCCCUAGAGAUCCCAAUUUUAUAUACUUUUGGAGCCGAGAUCCCCAAAAAAGACCAUGGGGUCCAUCCGAAGGUUUAAUAACUUGGAACGUGAUUAAACGAAAGAUGCCGUGGAGAUUGGUUUUUCUUCUAGGUGGUGGAUUUGCCAUUUCCAAGGCUAGCAAUGAAUCCUGUCUGGCUAUAAGACUAGGUCGAUCCUUAUUACCGUUACAAACUUUACACCCUCUGCCGUUAUUGGCAGUAGUUUUGUUAUUCGUCGGUACUCUAACGGAAGUGACCUCAAACGUUGGAACUGGAAAUAUUAUUAUACCAAUAAUAGCACAUAUGGAAAGCAGAUGUGCUUUCGUUAUAUUAAUAAUGGCUGGAUAUUGGAUAUCAGAAGUAUUCCCCAUGGCAAUCACUGCAAUGUUGCCUAUUAUUCUCUUCCCCUUUCUUGGUUUACUUAGUACAGCUGAAACAUGUGCCUGUUACAUGAACGAUACAAUCAUGGUCUUCAUAGGUGGCUUGAUACUCGCUGUAGCGAUCGAACAUUCCAAUUUGCAUCUCAGAAUCGCCCUUGGUGUAAUGAAAAUGGUCGGCUGUAGUCAUGCCCGUCUACUUGGUGGUCUUUGUGUAGUCACCACGUUCAUAUCCAUGUGGGUUUCGAACACGGCUGCGACGGCUAUGAUGUUACCUAUUAUCUUCGCCAUCCUUCAAGAAUUGGAAGAGGCUGGAUUUGGUAAGGUGUUCAUAACGGUACCUGACCCAGAAAAUCCCAAUGAACAAAUAUUGAGACCAUCGAAGAUCACAGUGGGUUAUCUUUUAUGCAUCGCAUAUUCUUCCACUUUCGGUGGAACGGGAACUCUCGUUGGUACCGGAACGAAUCUUACAUUCAAAGGAAUUUAUGAGAGCACCUUCCCUUCUUCCAAUGGUAUCAAUUUCACCGACUGGUUGAUAGCUUCGUUUCCACAAAUGAUCGUCAAUUCGUUUAUCACCUGGAUCUACAUACGAAUAGCAUAUUUGGGAUACUUAAGACCAAAAAGUAAGGAUGCUUUGGCAGCUACAAUAGGUCCAGAAGGCGAAGAAAUCACGAACAAUGUCAUUAAAACACGAUAUACAAAUUUAGGUCCUAUAUCGUUUCACGAAAUCGGAGUUACUACAUUAUUUAUAAUGUGUAUUUUCUUAUGGGUAUUUAGAAAACCUGGCUUUAUUCGUGGAUGGUCCGAAGUUAUAACAGAUAUAGAUAUAAAAGAUUCUACGCCAGUUAUAUUUGCUUCGAUUCUUAUGUUUUUCAUACCAAAAGAGCCUGCUUUCAUUCAUUCCUGGAGUAAAGAUCCUGCCAAAAGACCGAUCAAAUCAUCGGAGGGUUUGAUAACUUGGAAAGUCAUUGAAACUAAAAUGCCAUGGAGUUUGAUAUUUUUACUGGGUGGCGGUUUUGCUAUUGCUAAAGGAAGUGUUGAAUCUUGCUUAGCCCACAGAGUUGGUCACGUUCUUGUACCACUUCGACAUUUACCACCAAUUAUUGUAAUGGCAUUCGUUUGUUUAUUCAUCGGCAUAAUUACAGAAUUUACGUCCAACGUCGGCAUUGCCAAUAUAACAUUACCAGUUAUUGCUCAAAUGUCUAUAGCUAUGGAACUACAUCCGAUGUACUUAAUGAUACCAGCUACGUUAAUGUGCUCAUUUUCAUUUCGAUUACCAGUUGGUACUCCUCCAAAUGCUCUCAUAGCAGUCGCAGGUCAUAUUCCAACUAAAUGGUUAAUACUCGGAGGAUGUAUGCCUUCUAUUUACAGUUUAUUAGUUGAACUACUUGUAUUUUCAACAUGGGGUGCCUACAUCUACGACAUCAACCAUUUUCCUGCUUGGGCUGCUGAUAUUCGAGAGAGCGAAGAUACUAAAUGUACUUAAUCUUUUUUUUUUUACGUAUUGAUGAUAUAUAUAAACGAAAAGUCAAUUUCUAUACAUUAACUUUCAAUAAAGAUUAAUAAAUACAACGUAGCAAUUUGUUUACAAAUCAUUAGAUUUAUAUUACAA